CUUCUUUUCGAACUUUCUUUCUUACAUUGUGUUUUUAACCUUUUAACUAUGUUUGUUGCCCCAUGUUUUAACAUUUCUGGCCAGAAUUUUUGGUUAAACUUUAGAAAAUGUAGCCAGCUUCAAAAAAAUUAUAUAACUUACGCGCUCCUUACGUGUGUGUGCCUUAAAGCUUUUAUAUGAUUACCAAGAUUUUGAUAUAAGAAUUACAAAGUUGUUUCCAACUUUUAGGUAAGAGAAAAUGACAACAGCAACUCAAAUUAUUCCUGGAGCUUUGAGGGAAACCAAUAAUCCAUUGUUGUUAAAGGCAGAAAUUGGACGACCUUUAAAACGUGGUUUCACUUUGCCACCCAAGAAUUUUACAUAUGGGAAAACAAGUCAAGGAAAAGUUUUUGGAGCUGCAGAUACAUUUAGUUGGCAUAGUAAACUCAAACCGCUAACGUCAAAAGACAAGGGACUUGUAAAAAGAGAUUUCAUAUCGACGAAUAAAGCUGCAACUCAGACUGGACUAGUGACGGCGCAUGAACAUUUUCAAUACAGAGCAACUCAUGAUUUUGUGGAGAAGAGUAAAAGCUGUAAAGACCGUAGUACAUUAAAAUCAAAACAGUCUCCGUCGGUUAGAGUAUACGGAGUGCCUACAAAACCUUCUACUCCAGUUUUCGACCUCCUCGAACAUAAAUAUCAAGACGGGUGGCUUGAAGACACUAGACAAGCUGAAUUAUUACGUAGAAAAAAAGAGAAAGAAAGACACAACAAAGCUUUUAAAGGAUAUUCCGAAACGCGUGCAUCAACGCUUAGACGUUACUCUCCACCUGUAGACCCUCCACCGUUGUGGCAAAUGAAGAGGUUCCAAAAUAAAGCUCUUCCAGCUCUAGAGACAUUUCGUAGCGCAGAUGCGCGCACUCGAGCGUUUAGACACCAUAGUAGCGACUGUACAGCAAGAACGGGGGUAUUCGGUCACGGUACUUACGAAGGUGCAAAGAGUUGAACCUUCAUUUAUGCAUACAUCUAUUUUAUACUUGAUUUUGUAAAUAUUUUCUAUUUUUCUGUAGUCGUCAAAUAUGGUAAUUUUGUUGCUCGCAAA